AUCAAGCAAUCACGAUUUGCAAAGCCAUAACAAUAUGAUGGCUCGAAGAUAGCAGUAUCAUGGUCUGAGCUACCUCAAGCAAGUAUGGACAACAGCAACCAGCCUUCACAUGAAGAAUCUCCAGCUCGCUCCGUCCUCGUCAGAGCUUUCGGGCUUUUCACCGGGGACAUGCAUCUCUGUGCAGACUGGGUUAAAAGACAGGUUUUGGCAAUCCAACUAGUGGACUGGAUUUUCCGAGGGGUGGCCCAGGUCAUGUUCGUCAACAACCCUGUCAGUGGGCUCCUCAUCACGGCCGGCCUCUUCCUGCAGGACCCUUGGUGGGCUCUGAACGGCCUGCUGGGUACCUUUGUGUCCACAGUGUCUGCACUCUUGCUGGGACAAAACAGGAAAGCCAUAUCAGCGGGUUUAUAUGGCUACAAUGGAACCCUGGUUGGCAUACUGAUGGCUGUUUUCUCCACCAAAGGAAGCUGGUACUGGUGGCUGUUAUUGCCAAAUGUGUUCAUGUCCAUGUUGUGCCCGGUGGUCUCCAGUGCUUUGUCCUCAGUUUCCAGCAAAUGGGACCUCCCUAUAUUCACCCUGCCCUUUAACAUUUUGGUGUGUCUACAUGUUGCAGCUACAGGAGCCAAUCACCCUUACUUCCCAGAGGUGGAUUUUCAGUCAAAUCACCAUCUGCACCUUCCUAAUAACACCAUGGACAGCCUCAAUAUAUCUCAACUCUUCCUGUCAGUGCCAGUUGGUGUGGGCCAGGUGUAUGGCUGCGACAGUCCUUGGACAGGAGGUCUCAUCCUUCUGGCCCUGCUGCUUUCCUCACCAACUAUCUGUUUUCAUGCCAUGUGGGGCUCUGCUGCUGGCAUGCUUUCUGGAUUUGCUCUUGCAGCGCCUCACAAGGACAUUUACUCUGGGCUGUGGGGAUACAACAGUGCCCUAUCCUGCAUUGCCAUUGGGGGAGUCUUCUAUGUCCUAACAUGGCAAACCCAUCUAUUGGCUGUAAUAUGUGCACUUUUCUGCGCAUACGUGAUGGCAGCGAUCUCAAAACUGAUGUCUGUGCUCGCAUUACCAGCCUGCACAUGGCCUUUCUGCCUGUCGACUCUCAUCUUCCUCCUCAUUUCCUCUGAGAUCCCAGCCAUCUGCAGACUGCCUCUGUCUGUGGUUUCCUACCCCGAGGAAAACCGGCGCUACCAGAGACAAUUAAAGGCCUCGGAGAAAGCUUGGCGCAGUCAGCAGAGCUGCAGCCAAGAAGAGGCCACGCUGAAAGGGAACGGACAGCCAAAUGUCCAGUUGGUCGUGGACAAGGACUGCAGUGAAUCUGUGUGAUUAGAGGCGAUGCUCUACAAGUUAUGAGAAUUAAAUUGUAGGAAAUGGAAAAGGAAUGGUGGUAAUGUACAGUUUUGGCAUUUCUUCCUUACAUAACAAUAUGUGUUAUAUAAAAUGGCUGGCACCGGGGUGAGUAAUAUCAUCUAGAUGGCAAAUAUUUUCUCAUGCAGCGCUCCACACAGCAGAGGGCAGCACUUUCCAAGGAAAGACAGACCCACUGUUGAUGCAUGUACUAACACUGUGGAAAAUACUGAGCAGAUUUGACUGCACAAAUGUGAUUAUGUAUAACAUCUAUAUCAACUAAAUGUAGCCUUGUGGUGUUAUUCUUUUUAACAGUCAUUACAAAGCAAAGAGUGACAGACUCUCCUCCCUUCUCAGCAGCACAGUUUCAAUGGAUGCUUUGAGUUGAUUUAAAAUGCAGCAGAGCAUUUCAUCAGUGCAGACAGUGAGCUGUAGGGGAGGUUUCAUAAAGGGCUGCCCCAGCAAAAACACCCUUUUCUCUGCCAGCCACUAUCCAUCACUCCCUUCUGUACUCCAAUCUGUCCCCUUUAUCG